CCUCAACACAAGAGGCGGGACUUCCGCAGUAGUAGGCUAACUAAUAACAUGGCGAAGACUUACGAUUACUUGUUUAAACUACUUUUAAUCGGCGAUUCAGGUGUCGGUAAGACCUGUGUGCUAUUCAGAUUUUCAGAAGAUGCCUUUAACUCAACGUUUAUCUCUACAAUAGGUAUUGACUUCAAGAUCAGGACAAUAGAAUUAGAUGGGAAGAAGAUCAAACUACAGAUAUGGGACACAGCAGGACAAGAAAGAUUCAGGACCAUCACGACAGCCUACUACAGAGGAGCCAUGGGUAUCAUGCUAGUGUAUGACAUCACGAAUGAGAAGUCCUUUGACAACAUCAAAAACUGGAUAAGGAAUAUAGAGGAGCAUGCUUCAGCAGACGUGGAGAGGAUGGUUCUUGGGAACAAGUGUGAUGUCAACGACAAGCGACAGGUGUCCAAAGAAAGAGGAGAGAAGCUGGCACUGGAGUACGGUAUCAAAUUCAUGGAGACCAGUGCGAAAGCCAACAUCAAUGUUGAGAAUGCCUUCUUAACGCUAGCCAGAGACAUCAAAGCAAAAAUGGACAAGAAGCUGGAGGGCAACAACCCUCAGGGCAGCAAUCAAGGAGUAAAGAUUACAGAACAGCCCAAGAAGAGCAGCUUCUUCCGCUGCACGCUCCUGUGAGGAGACCGGAGCAUCGGAAUCCACCAGAGCCUUAACUGUGUCCCCCCACUGGACAGAACUGGACAGACAGAGCACACUCUGAUCUCUUCUUUUAUUUUGUAUUUCUUGUCUUCCUUCUCUUCUUUCUGAUUGUCCCAAAACAAACAUUUGCUUGACCAGUCUUCCCAUGAUACCAGUGAAUCUGAUCACUGAUCCCUCAGCCAUAUGCAGAAUCUGAACUCGAUAAUUUCAACUCCUUUCCUUUGUUUUUAUUGACUUUUAAAGACUGACUCUUGGUGAGACACUAGAAAAGAUCAAACCUGUGAUGGCUGAUGCCUGGGUAGAUGUUUUUUUGUUAGUGUCAUGAGGUAGUCUUAUUUCUUGGAUCCUUAUCACUAAAGCAGCUAAAUUCUACUUUAAAUUUAGUAAUUAUAGAACAUUUAUGCAUCAGCUGGGUGGAAACUUUUAUAUAUCAAAACAGAAUAUGUAAGUAUACUGUAUAUUAUUGAUCCAUGAAACAGUUGUGCCAGCAGAUUUUUACUCACCAUAUCAACAUUGAGGUUUACGUGUCCUCUGUCCUCCAUUCUCAUGACUUUCUGUGGACUUCUUAGGCUGAAACAUUCCUCUUUUGAAAACUUUAAUGUGCAAUCUGAUAUGUAUGUGGGGCCUACAUAUUUUUCUGUCUUAAGUAUUCAGAUGAUUGAAGUUUAACAAAGUUUUCUCGUUUUAAGGCGGCACAGAUUCCUUUUGUAGUGUCUUACCUCAUUGUUUUCGGGUAUUGCAGUUUCUAAGAUUAGUACGGUGUCAUUGUUGUGAGGAGGAGGAUUGUUUGCUGUUGGAUUGCAGUACCUAAUCCUAACACCUGGGGGUGAUAGAGCAGAGGAACAGAAGGAAUCAACAGUGAUAAAAUCACUGUUUUAUUCAUUCAUGCUGAUUCUGGUCACCUGUUCUGAUGGGGGAACAUGCACACGUCUAUUUUGUGGUCCUCAGAGCUGGACUGUGCUGCAGCAGUAUUUAUGGAGCAAAAACAAAAUAUAGCACCAAAAUGACAAAGUGCCCUUUAAUGUUCUUAUUGUUAAUGCACUUUUCCUUUGUUCUUCCUGUAAAAAAACAAAAGUUAUUUACAUUUGUCGACUGUAUUUGUUGAAAGUCUUAACUGAGAGCAAACAAUACUCCUGCACAAGUUUUUCAUGUUACCUAUCUGGGCUUCCGUAAAAACACCUGAGCACUGAAACUUUGUCGUUUAGUUGGAAGUGUGAAAAUAUACAGAAGGCCUAUGAUUCAGAGAUGUUUGCAUUCCCAGCAUUCCCUUAAACUGAUUCUUUUCACCCUUGCUUUUAAUGAAUUUUUCCCCCUUUUGAUGCUUUUGGGAGCCCCAGAUGCACCCUCUUUCCCUCUCGUCUUCCUCGGCCCACUAUCAUGGCCGUCUGAACUAUGCAUUCUGGGUGUGAGAAAACCUCAAAAGGCUUUGCACAUUUGACUUGACAAGCUUUAUUUGAGAUUAUAAAUGUGCAAAGGAUCUUUGCUGUUUUAUUUUCUGCUGCCACUCCAGAUUCAUUUAUAUUUUGCUCUGCUGAACAGUUCAGGUGUAAGAAUAGGAAAUUAACUGAAAGCUGAUUAAGUAAAAGAAUCAGACGUUUUACAGUGAGAGCAAAUCAUUUCUAGUGGUGCUGAAGAGACAGAAAACUGCCUAGAUGUUAACCUGUGGAUUCAGAUCAUUGUGGUUAAACCGGCUCUCACAGAUGAAGCCAAAUCAUGGCCGCAGAUUGGCCUAGAUUCAGUCUGGAGAUCUUUUUGAUUGGGGUUAACAUGGCUAAAUUACUAGCUCUGUACCAUCACAGCUUCAGCAUUCCCUCACUUAAUUUGUUUCAUUUCAUCUGCAAAUACAUUAAAUAAUUCAGCAACUGUAAAUAAGAGCUGCAAUGAUUGUACUUCAUAAAUCUUAUUGAUCUACACCUUUUGUAGAUAUGCGUACUUUUGUUGAUUUAUUAAAAAUGAGAUUCUUAAAGAAA